UUCAUGCUUCCAAGAAACCCAAUAGCGAGGGACACAGCAGAGCUUCCAUCUUCAUCAAGCCCUAGCAGCUCCGCCAAAACCAGACCCUCUUCUCGCAAACACAAACCCUCCAAAGAAAACGAUCCUCCUUCAGAUCACAACAUCAUCGUCCCUUACUCCCCCUCCCAUGUCAAAUCCAAGAGUCCGUUACCACCAAGACCUCCUUCUUCCAACCCUCUCAAACGCAAACUUGCUCUCGACACCAUCGCCGCCGAAAAUUCACUCCCGGCAACUACCGAUUCCGGCGUUAAGGUUAUUGUGAGGAUGAGGCCGUUGCGGAAGGAUAAGGACGAAGGAGAUCCUAUAGUUCAGAAGAUUUCUGGUGAUUCGUUAUCAAUUAAUGGCCGUACUUUCACCUUUGAUUCUGUUGCUGAUGUUGAAGCUACUCAGCUUGACAUUUUUGAGCAUGUUGGGGUUCCUUUGGUGGAGAAUUGUUUGGCUGGUUUCAAUAGUUCUGUCUUUGCUUAUGGACAGACGGGGAGUGGGAAAACGUAUACUAUGUGGGGUCCUGCCAAUUCUUUGGCUGAAGAAAAUGUAGCAAAAGAGCAACAAGGACUUACACCCGUGUUUUUGAGAGACUGUUUGCGCGCAUAA